AAUCUGGCAGCCAUUUUACUAGCAGGAUGUACAGCAAAUGGUUUAAGCAAUUUUCAUCUUCUUUCGCUAUCAUAUAACGCCAGCGGCGCGCUGCCAAUCAUCGACGAUACUAUCACCAGCCCCAACACAUCCUCCUCCAUCGCCACUUUACUCGGCAAAGGGGCCGCAUUCCAGAUACGGGUGGGCUACUUCGGAUACUGUCUACUCAACAAUGGCACAACCUUCUGUUCUACGGACUUGCCCUCCUUGGCCUCCUUAAUACGACAGAGCAACUCGAGUGAUCCCGGAAACCUCUUCUACAUUGCUAAAAGAUUUCACGAUGACACAAUCUUUAGCGGACUGAUACUCAUCAGCAUCAUCUUCAGUGCGAUGUGUUUCAUGUUGCUAAGCACAUUCCCCAGCUGGCACACCGAAGAGGACUCAGACGACGGAUCGGAGCGCGAGGUCAAACCGUUCCCAUCUAGGGUAGUCUCGGACAUUUCCUUGCUGCUGGUCCUGGUAUCGUCACUUCUCGCUCUGGUCGCUGCGCUGUGGCAGCACCUUUCGACCGCAGCCACAUCGACCAUGAUUGGCACACUGACUUAUGGGAGUGUGUCUGGGGAAGUCGGGGUCGGGGCAACCGUCUUGGGCUGGGUUUCUACCGGCCUUUUGUGCGUUGUUACGGUGGCCCUGCUUGUCAUGGUCUUGAGUAUCAGGAUUCUCAACCAAAUAGUUGCUUGA